AUGUCCUCAAGCUUCAACACCUUCGACGCGUCCAUGAAGGACGCGACUCCGCUUCUCAACUUUGAAGACGCUCAACAGUUCCCCGGAGACAGCGAACAGAUGAUAUUCGGUCCCCUCGAGCUUGAAUACGAUCCCGCCCCCCCACAACCGUUCCCUUCAUGGGACCCAUACACCGACAUGGAGCAUGACAUUAAACCUUCCUUUGGUUUCUCUUCCCCCCAAACGACAUUCCCCUCAUACGAUUAUGGAUUCUCUCCAGCGUCUCCCACAUCGCCGCUAUCGCCUGGGGGUAGUUUCUUCGAGUCCCAUUCUGGACUCUACAGCCCUGGCGCGAUGAAGAAGAACGCUGCUCUCGAUGCUAAUACUUAUCUUUCUAACUGGAUUAACGACCCCGACAUGAUUUCCUCCUCUUCUCCUUCGUCCCCCAUAACGAUCCCUUCCGGUCCCAUGAGUACCCAUCCCUCAUUUGCAUCAUACCUUGAUCAACGAGCCUUCUCCCCAAUUUCGCCGACGUCAUACGCCGCCAACCUUCCCUUGCCCGCAUCUGUCGACUCGUCACCAUCGUUCGAGGAGGCUGUUCCAUACCACAGACAGUCCAUCGAGGCCGUUUCUCCGAUGGACAUGUCGUUACAACCUCCGAGAUGGGCGUCACAGCUGUGGGAUAACUCAGGUACUCUUCGUACCCACUCUUCGCCCACUCGGCCCUCCGUUCGUCAUUCGCCGCUGUCAGACUUGGCUCAACGGCAACGCAUUCCAAUCCAAAGAGAAGCCAUCUCUACUGGACAGAUCUUCCAAUCCGCAUCCGCACCCUCUCCCACGCACCUGCGGGCUCCCAGCAUGACUCGGUCUUACAGCCGGCGAGCAGAGUCAACAAGUGUAUCUGAUGACAGAGAUGCCACAAUCCGGCGGAAAAAGCGCGUUUCUAUUCCAGACGAGACUCAGCCCGCUGACAAGUCUUCUAAUGACACACUUCCUUUGAAGUCUGUGCUGCGGCCCCCCAAGUUAGCGCCUUCGGCUUGGCAGCUCUAUUUCACAGACUGGAUCCAGCGCCAGCAGGCUUCGAACACCAGGAAGUUGAAUGUUGCCCAGGCAGCCAAAGAAGCAGGCCAGGAAUACGCAUCUCUCACUCCAGAGGAGAAAGAGCCCUAUAAACGGAAGUCUCAAGCCAUGAAGGAUGCGCGUGAACGGGAUCUGGCUGCGUACAUGCGAACCCUGUCCCCCGAUGACAUCAAACGCGAGAACGCUUUCCGGACUGCACAGCGCAAGCUAGGGAAAUCCCGAAAGAGCAACAUCAAGGACCCUAACGCGCCCAAGAAACCCUUGAGCGCGUAUUUCAUGUUCCUGCAGCGCAUCCGAGCCAACCCGUCCUUGGUUCACGACAUCUUUGGUGAUGAGACUGAGACGACCAAACAGAGCGUGCUCGCUGCGGCGAAAUGGCGUUCGAUGUCCGAUGAGGAGAGAAAGCCGUUCCUCGCGCAAGCAGAGCAAGAGAAGAUGGAGUACGAAGCAGCGCGUAGGUUGUAUGAAGAAGGCACGGCUUCACCAUACGGCUCCAACAUCAACUUCAGUAUCCUCCCCGCAGCUAGUCCUGUGUUUGGAACUGUCAAGUUGGAGUCUGAGAGCGAGAGCGAAGGAUUUACGACCGAUGACGGUGCCGAUAUUAGUCGAUACUGA